AUGGCGCAGCAGGGGAGGGGUGUCGGCUCGCAUCCGGACGAGCCGCCACCCAAGCGACGCACGCUCCAGAUCAAGCUUGGCCGACCACGACCACCAGCAGAGCUCGACACGCCCGAACAGGCCUCGCCCUCGCUCAACCGCAGCCGGCCCACCAGCUCGUUAGGUGGCAUACGCAUCUCGCUCAAGAGGAAAGCGCCUGCCUUCGACGCAUCUCACUCGACGCCAACACGCUUCUCGAACCUGCACGACUCGGACGACGACGAGCAAGAUGAAGACGUCGACGAUGGCGAGGUUGACGACCAGCCCGUAGCCUCGGCCGAUGCAUCGGACCAGGACGAUGGCGAAGACGAAGAGGGAGAUCAAGAUGACGAUGAGGACAGGGAAGAUGGCGAGGAGGACGAGGAUGAAGAAGACGAAGAGGGCGACGAGGACGCAGGCGGAGCGGAUGCAGGCUCUUCAGCAGCCUACGGCAGGACAGAUGCCAACGGCAUCGGCACCGAAGCUGGCGCAUCCGGCGACAACGCUCCGGCACCACGCCUGCGUGGAAAGAACGGAGCAUUCAAGAGCACCUCCAACGGCAGCAGCUCCAACCCUUUCCGCAGACCCAUCAAGCGUCUGCGCUCAAAAGGCCUCUACGAGGCCAUCCCCAAGCUCAUCGAAAACCUGCAGCGUCGCGACAGCUACAAGUUCUUCUGCGAGCCCGUCAAUCCAGACGAGGUGCCUGGCUACCUCGACGUGAUCAAGACGCCCAUGGACUUUGGCACCAUGCAGCGCAAAGUGGACGACCGCCUCUACAGCCACAUGGACGAGUUCAAGGCCGACUUCCAGCUCGUCAUCUCCAACGCGCAGACGUUCAACCCGGAAGGCACGCUCUACCACAACGAGGCCAAGCGCAUCGCCACGUGGGGCAACCGAGCCAUCGAGCGCGAGGGCAUGGCUGUCAACGACAACGGCCGCGCCGGCGUCAAGGGCGACGAGCUCCGACGUCAGAAGAGGAUGGCGCGCGAGGCUGCGUCUAUCGCAACUGGCGGCGGCAUCAUCGAAGUCGCCGAUGCUUCGGGACGGCGCGUCCUGCGCGGCGCCGUGCAGCAGCAGAACCAGGCGCUGCAGCGCGACGCAUCCAUACCACCGCUCGGCGACGGGCCAGUGGCAGUGGGGUUGGAUACUGCCGGUGGCGAGAUGACCACUCGUCUAGGCGCGCGCGGGUCGCAAUUCGCAUUCAGCGCAGGCGUGGAGGCGAUCAUGGAAGCCGCACGCGUCACGUCGCAGGCCAGGCAGCGUGCCGCAUUCGCUCUCGGCCUGACGAGCGGAACGCUCACGCGCGAAGACUCGGCUCAGCCCGGUGGCGGCGCGCACGACGGCGAUGCCAACAUGGAUCUGGACGACGACGACGAUAUGGAUCCCUCGGACGACGAGGGCGCACGCGCAGGCUUUGCCGGCGGGAGGGACUCGCGCGAGCGAUCCGUGACCGUCGAUGGACCAGCGGGCUCGGGCAGCCGUCGUUUCGGCUCGUCCCAGCCUGGCGGCACGCCGUCGACUCCCAUGGGCCAACGCCAAGCCAGCCCCGAUGCGCUGCGCAAGCGACUCGCGGCUGUGACUGGCACGCCAAUCCAGGCACUCGCCAGUCCCAUGGGUCCAGGCACAGUAGGAGGCACGGGCAAGGCAUCCAAGCAGAAGCUGAAGCAACGCCUCGGCGCGCCCGGAACGCCCAAGCGUCUGCUGGCUCGAACCGGCCUCACCGGAUCGGCCACACCAGGCGCAGGUGCCGAGAGUGGAGCCGAGGCCGCAGGCACACCGGGUCUUGCCACCGAUCCCUCGGCUGCUGCGGCAGCCGCCGCACAGCUGAUGGCCAACCUUCCGCAAACGCAGCUGCAGCCAGGUUCAGGCAGCUACUCGUUCGACGACGAUGGCUCGAUCAACCCAGACGACAUCGAGGACCUGCACACCUUCCUCACACUCCACCGCACGGGUCGCCACGUGCUCAUGCCGACGCUCGAAUCGCUGCAUCCGAUCGGCUUUAUCCCGGGCGACUACACCGGCUCCGGCGCCGGCGACAAGCCGAAACCGGAUUCGGCGGCCAAGGACAAGGAAGCGGAAAAGGGCAAAGAGAAAGCCAAAGACAAGGCGGACGAAGGCGACGACGACGACGAUGACGGGAAAGGCGAGAGCAAGGAGAAAGGCGACAAGGAUCCGCUUUCCUCGCUACCGCCCGCGCGUCCCGGUGCACCCGACCCGCUCUACUCGGCGAUCGCGCCCGAGCCUGAACCUCUGCACACCAACCUCAGCCACGACGUGGAGCCGCUUCCGCCUCACUUUCGCAAUCUGCCGUUCCUUGCACCGAGCAUUGCGCCCAAGGGGGCUCGUGAGGUUGGUGACCUUCCGCACUCGUGGAGCAAUCCAGCGUACGUCGAGGCGGUCAAGAACGACAAGCGGCCCAAAAAGCAGAAGGACAAGGAGCGCGAGAGGGAGAAGGAGACGCUCGAGGACUGGAGCUAUUUCCGACCCACGCUGACUCGGCUGCUCGAGAUCACGGAUCUGGGGCCGUUUGGUGCGCUAGUCCCGGCUAUGCAAGCAUCGGACAGUCUGAAGGCUGUAUCCCAGAGCAAGUCUGGCACGGCGGCAAAGCAAGACGACGACGCGCGAGAUCAUGGGCUGCCUACGACCGCACUCGCGCAGGACGGCCUGGAAGCGAUCAAGGCCGAGCUGCAGCACAAGCGCGAGGGCUUCACACUCCCGCGCGCUGUCAAAAAUCGAUUCGUCGAAGCUGCUCGCACGAGAGAGGCAAAGCGCACAGGCGCCUUGUUCACCGAGCGCGAGAGGCAAGACGCUAGCCGGAUAGUGGCGGACAUGGUGUACGGCGGGGUGGAGGGCAGCGCGUAUGUCCGAAGUGUAGCCGAGUUUGUGAGUGGGGCGACGCAGCAUGCGAUGUUGCUGGAUGAGGCCGACGACGCGUACGAGCAGCGCUUGGCGCAGGCCGAGGCGCAGCUCGUGGCAGCCGCAGCACUGCGCAAGGCCAGAGAGGCCGAGCCGACACCCGAACCCACGGCGGCUUCGCGACGCGGACCGUUCCAGUGGCGCGACUCGACGGAAGAGGCAGGCACUUCAACACCCGCGGCCGAAGAAGCGGACGCCAACCUCCGUUCCGCAGGUCAUACUGCAGCUGCCACUCCGGAGAAGAUCGACGAUGCCCCGGCCAUGCCGAAUUCAAUUGAGCCGUCAGAAGUGGCUGUUCCGGAACUUGCUCCGCUCUCUGUAGCGCUUGCGCAGCUGGUGGAAGAGGAGGUGGUUCGACCCAUCACGCGCAAUUCGCUGGACGUGCUCCACCUCGUAGCUGCCUACCUUCAGACGCACGCAGAUGCGCCGGGUGUCGAGCUCAUCGAGGCGCGCCUUGCUCGCAACAAGCUGCACGCGCACCAGGUCGAGGGGAUCGAUCCUGCAGCCCUCGCAGCUCUCGCUGUUCCCCCUCCUUGCGCGUCUCAGCCGAUGCCGGCACCGCUGCCGUUCUCAUCCGAACUCGAGUGGCUCCAGACCCAACCCGAGCUCACGCGACUGCUCGACGAAGCGCACCAGGACAUCAACAGUCUCGGCUCGAUCGUCAACUAUGUCAUCCAGAGCGCCUAG